AUGAUGCUCAAGCAGCUCGUCCUGGCGGCCACCGCGGCUGCUUUCGUCAUCGUCCCCGAGAUAUCCGAAAAGGACGAGAGCAUCUUCAAGGCGCUGCCCGUCGAGCCCGAGACGCUGCAGCUGCCGCCCGAGGCGCUGGGCCAGAGCCUCGACGUGCCCUGCAGGCAGUGCCGCGGCCGCGACGCGCACCUGCGGCUGGACUUUGCCGUCGAGGACGGGUCCCGGCUGAUGGUCAACGGCUUCGAGCUGUAUCCCCACGCCGACCCGUGGCGCGACGACCUGGUGGCCGAGGUGGUGCGGGCCGGCGGCGCCGCGGCCGGCGAGCGCACGCUGGGCUACAGCCUGGCGGUGCUGCCGCGGGCCAAGGACGAGGAGCAGCAGCUGGAGCUGGUCGACGUCAGGCUGCGCGUCAUCGAGGUCGGCCACCGCUUCGUCGACGACAUGCCCAUGGUCAAGGUCGGCCUCAUCAAGGCCCCCACCGGCGAGAUUGUCAUCGCCGACAUGCAGCUCAUGGCCGUGCCCGAGAUGCCCUGCCACUCCAUGUGGUGCCGCGCCAAGUCGGCGCUCAAGGGCUUUGGCGGCUGCCACAAGAACAAGAUGCACCACAAGGGCGGUCGUCCUCACCAUGGUCCGGCGGCCAGCGCCAAGGACGGCGAGGAGGGCCACCACCCGCAUCACCACGAGCACGAGCACGAGCACGAGCACAAGCCGCACCGCCACCAGCGCCCUCACCACGCGCCCGAGGAGGAGUGGAACUCGCAGCGCGACUGGCGCCAGCUCGUCCUGAGCGUUGCGUCGCACAUUGUCCUGCCCGUCCUGAUGGGCAUCACUGCCGGUGUUGGCGUUGCAUUCUUUGCCAUGUUCCUGUGCAGCGUUGUGUACCGCCUGAGCAUGCUGGUCCGCGGUGGAGCGCCGCGCCGAUCGUGGUGCCCUCACCACCGACGCAACGCCAGCCGAUUCCCUUCUGCCCAUGAGGAGAAGAUGGGCUUGCUGGAGGCGGAGGAGGCUCAGGACACUACUCCUGCGCCGACUUCCGAGGACGAGGUGGUCAAGAACUAA